AUGGGAAAGGACUACUACUCCAUACUUGGUGUCAGCAGAGACUGCACGACAACUGAUUUGAAAAAGGCUUAUCGGAAAAUGGCCAUGAUGUGGCACCCCGAUAAGCACAAAGAUGUAAAGUCUAAAAAAGAAGCUGAAGAAAAAUUUAAAAAUAUUGCUGAAGCAUAUGAUGUUUUAUCUGAUGAAGAAAAAAGAAAAAUAUAUGAUACAUAUGGAGAAGAAGGUUUAAAAGGUUCAAUACCUACAGGGGCAAAUACUUAUGUUUAUAGUGGUGUUGAUCCCUCUGAAUUAUUUAGCCGUAUUUUUGGAUCUGAUGGCCAUUUUUCAUUUUCCUCAGCAUUUGAUGAUGAUUUUUCUCCUUUUUCAACUUUUGUUAAUAUGACAUCUCGAAAACCUCGACCUUCUGCAUGUUCAAAUAUGAAUCACAAUAACUAUAACGCCAAUAAUUAUAAUGCCAAACCCGCAACAUAUGAAGUUCCUUUACCCCUUUCUUUGGAGGAACUAUACAAAGGUUGUAAAAAAAAAUUAAAAAUAACUCGAAAACGAUUUAUGGGGACAAAAAGCUAUGAAGAUGAUAAUUUUGUAACAAUAGAUGUAAAAGCAGGUUGGAAAGAUGGCACAAAAAUAACAUUUUAUGGUGAAGGGGAUCAAGUAUCACCAAUGGCUCAACCUGGUGAUUUAGUUUUUAAAGUUCAAACCAAACCUCAUGAUAGAUUUACAAGAGAUUCAAAUAAUUUAAUUUAUAAAUGUCCAGUACCUCUUGAUAAAGCAUUGACUGGAUUUCAGUUUGUUGUAAAAUCUUUAGAUAACAGAGAUAUUAAUGUAAGAAUUGAUGAAAUUGUAAAUCCUAAGUUUAGAAGAAUUGUAGCCAAUGAAGGUAUGCCUUCUUCAAAAACUCCUAAUAUGAAAGGAGAUUUAAUUGUGGAAUUUGAUAUUAUUUUUCCAAAAAAUUUAACUAGCGAAAAAAAAAAAAUAAUAAGAGAAGCUUUGGCUAAUACCUUUUAA